AUGUCAGCCUUAACCCGGGUUCCCGUUACUCUGCCUCAAGAUGGAGUGCCCACUGAGCCCAUGGUUAGAGAUAUUAUCGGAACCUUUCUUACGAGGGAAUGGCCGCUUGUGAACCCGGAAACGCUCAUCAUGUCGUACAAUGCAUCGUUUGCCAAUGCCCAUUGCUCGGUAGAGCGCCCGCCGCCAACUUCUGGUGCAGCCUCGGAGCCCCUGAAGGUUUUCAUCAAGUUUCAUAAGACUACACUGGCAGACAUUGAUAUCUUCAAACAUAUGGUACCAAAUAAAGAAGCUGAGGCACUCUUGUGUCAUGAGUAUGGCCAGUCUGGACUUGGAGCAAAGGUGUUUGGUUUCUUCGAGACUCUGGAUGGCACUCUAGGCAGAAUCGACGAAUUUCUAGAUGCACGGAAUAUGGAGCCUCAAGAUGUCGAAGAUGAAGCCAUUCGGGCAGAUGUUGCUACGGCAUUGGCAACUUUUCAUGCGAUGGAGGCGCCAUUGGAAAAGAAGCCAGUUGACUUAUACUACGACGCCAUCUCCAACGGACUAAAGAAGUACCACGGUUCGAAUAACCUUAAAGCACUCGGCAUGGAAGGCGGCAUCAACAUCGACAAACUCAUAGACUACGACUUUGCGUCCCGGUUAGGCAUAAUUGUCAACAAGAUGCAAUCUCUUGGUUCAAAAGCUGGUUGGUGCAUCCACGAUGUCCAAUUCAUGAAUGUCUUGGUCAAGAACAGUUUCAAGGAGGAUGAGAGCAGAGUCGUUCUCAUUGAUUUCGAGUUCGUGAUGCGCAACUAUCGAGCUUUUGAUAUCGGAGGCCACUUUAUGCAAAAGUUGUUCAAAUGGUUUGACGAGGAGAACAAGAUUGCCAACUGUAGGAAAUACACUGAGCAAGAGAAGAGACAUUUCUGUGGUGAAUACGCACGACAGUGGAAUAGUUUGACUGGCGAUAAUGAUAGCGAGGAGAAGGUAUUUCUUGAGUCAGAGUAUGGAUACAUGGUGGCCAUUACCUUCGAUAUCCACAACAUGCUAUGCUACAUGAACGAUGUAGAAGGCAAGGAUCCAUUGGAUCUUUUGGGUCUUAACAAACUAUUUGACGAAUUCGUCACGCAGUAUGAAAAGCUUGGGCUAGACACAGAAUAG